AUGGGCAAGCGCCUGGAUUACAACAACUAUACUGUCGCAUGGAUCGCUGUUCUUCCCAUCGAAGCCGAAGCAGCUCUUGGAAUGCUUGACAAAAAGCAUGAAGGUCAUUUCGAAUCAGUAACCAGCGACGACUACAUCUACCUUGGAGGCGAGAUCAAUAAUCACAAUGUCGUUAUUGCCACAUGGCCAGCUGGUCAAAACUACGGCCCGGGCUCUGCUGCUGCAUUGGCGAACCAGGUCAAGGCCCGCUUCCCACGCCUCUGGUUUUCUUUGCUGGUAGGCGUUGCCGCAGGUCUCCCGAACCUCUGUCCAAAAGACCCAGGCAAAUGCAGGGAUAUCCGACUUGGUGAUGUCCUUGUGAGUGUACCCAGCCAACAGAACACAGGAGUCAUCCACUACGAUCUUGGCAAAGCCACGGCAGAAGGCUUUCGAUGCAAUGGUCGGCAAGCUGAAACCGCUACAAUUGUCCGGUCCGCGGUCACAAACAUCCAACUCACCAAAGAUCAUCCGUUCAAGAAAGGCAACCAAUUUGCGGCGUACCUGGCGGACUUCCAGGCAUCCAGCGAAAAUGAUAAAUUCUUCUGUCCAAGUCAAGAAGAGGAUAGACUCUAUGAGAGUCCUGCAGAGACAAGCCUGGCUCUUGAACCUGUUCUGAUUCACAGGCAACCGCGGGAGGAGUCUGAACGGACGUUGGUGUGGUAUGGCACCAUUGGUUCCGGAAGCACUUUGAUGAAAGAUGCUGCGCAAAGAGAUCAGCUCAGAGAUGAGCACGAUCUCAUCGGUCUAGAAAUGGAAGCAGCCGGCAUUAUGAACACCCUUGCACCCGGAGUUAUCAGGGGUGUCUGUGACUACGGGGACGCCCAGAAGAACAAAGACUGGCAACCAUAUGCCGCCGCCGCUGCUGCCGCUUAUGCCAAAGGCGUCCUCUAUACGAUCAACCCAAAGAUUGAUACCAUCAGAAACAUGGGUGCAUCUGCCGAUGUCGGAAAUGCAGAACGCAUGCCACUGUGGAUAGUACCAUUCGAACGCAGAGACGAGUUGGUGGGACGUACCUCCCAAUUGGACCGACUGGCAACACUUCUUUUCGCCGGGCAUGGAUAUGGUAAGGUUGCCAUCACCGGCUUGGGAGGGGUAGGUAAGAGUCGACUGGCCCUGGAGAUGGCUCAUUGGGCAAAAGCGCACCGUACAUCGUGCUCAGUCUUCUGGAUCCAAGGCACGAAUUCCUCUAGUUUCGAACGAGACUGUCGGCAAAUCGGCCAGGAGCUGAAUAUUUCUCAGAUUGAUGACGCAAAGGCGGACGUGAAACUCGUCCUGAAGCAGCAUUUCGACUCCAAAACAACCAAUGAAUGGCUUCUGAUCAUCGACAACGCCGAUGACAUGGAUCUCUGGACAACCCGCACUACUAGCGAUAGUAACUCAACGAUACCGCUGAUGGACUACAUUCCCACAAGCUCCUCUGGGGCGAUUCUGUUAACAACACGCAAUUAUCGAACCGCCGUCAAGAUAGCUCAGAAGAAUAUUGUCCCUCUCGAAGAGCUGAACGAGCAUGAUGCGCUUGGUAUGAUGAAAAGCCUGCUGGUUCAUCCUGAAAUUUUAGAUGAGAAUCCAUCGGCAACAUCUCUAUUAUUGGAGCAUCUGGCUGGUCUACCGUUAGCCAUUGUUCAAGUCGCCGCCUACCUGAAUGAGAACCAAAUUCGGGACGUCGAUGCAUACCUCCGCCUCUGGGAUUCGAAGGAAGAAGCGACAAUCGAGUUACUCAGCGAGGAAUUUGAAGACGACUACAGAUAUCGAGAAUCGAAAAACCCAGUAGCUACAACCUGGCUCAUUUCGUUUGAGCAGAUGCGAAGGCAAAAUCCAAAGGCCGCAGAGUUGCUUGCCUUCUUGGCCUGUCUGGAUUUCAAGUCUAUCCCGGAGACUCUGUUCCCCUUUGAUAUAUUUGAGACGGACGUCAAGGACGGCGUUGUGGCCAAGGACAACGUUGUGAUCAAGGGGAUCGCCGUCCUCACUGGUUACGCCUUUCUUCGACUUCAAGAAGGCAGCAAGCGUGAGCCUCUAUACGACAUGCAUCGAUUAGUGCAUCUAGCUACGCGAAACUGGCUUCGGCAGCAGAAGUCACUAGCAAGCUGGAUGAGAAAGGCAGCUCUGCAUAUAGAGAGCUGUUUUCCGGAAGUGAGUAUGAGGACCAAAGGUAUUUGGGGACGUUAUUUGCCGCACGCAGAGAAGGUCUGUAGUUCGCCAGAGAUAGAGGAUGAUGAAGGAUGUUUUGAACUUCUACGCUUGAUAGGCCAUUGUCAUUCAGAGGAUGGAAGGUAUAGGAAAGCGGUUGAUGCAUAUCAAAAGGUCGUUUCGUGGAGGAAAGAACAUUUUGCGCCAAAUGAUGUGGAGACUUUUGUGAUCUGUGGCGAAUUGGGACAAAAUCUCGGAGAUUUGGGGUCGUACAAAGAUUCGGAGAAUUUCAAUCAGAGGGCUGUCGAUGGGCUUACGGGGGUCUUAGGACUCGAAGAUUUGAGGACGCUCGAAAGUAUGGGAAGACUGGCGUUGACAUAUUGGCGGAGUGGAAAAUUGGACAAAGCUGAAGAGUUGCAAGAGCAGGUUCUCUCAAUCCACAAAAGAACGCGUGGCGAGGAGCACGAAGAAACACUGACGAGUAUGAAUAACUUGGCCGUGACGUAUAGCGACCGAGGAAGACCCGACAAAGCAGAAAAACUCCGAGAGACAGCGCUGGCGGUCGCCAGACGGCUAUUCGGAGAGCAAGACGGAAGGAUAACUUACUACAUGCUUAGCUUGGCAGAUACAUACCGUCUCAAGGGUCGAUUCAAGAAUGCAGAAGAACUUCUUUUCAGUGCGCUGGAGAUAAGGAGAAAGACUUUUGGGAAGGAGCACCCGAUGACACUCGACACUAUGCAUCACUUAGCUUUGACGUAUCAGGAUCAGGGGCGACUCAAGGAAGCAGAGGAAUUACA